AUGAUGUGGACGGAUUUGCUCUGUCACCCGCUGUGGGCCGCUUCCACCGUGCUGCUGGCGCUCGUGCUGCGGCAGCAGAGGAGAGCGCGCUGGGACCCGCGAGCCUGCGCCGUGCAGCUCAAGGGGAAGACGGCUAUAGUGACGGGAGCCAAUACAGGCAUCGGGAAGUUCAUAGCGCUGGACUUCGCCCGGCGCGGGGCCCGCGUCAUCCUGGCCUGUCGGAGCGAGGCCCGCGGCUCCGAGGCGCUGAGGGAGAUCCGCGAGAAGUCGGGGAACGGCGACGUCCACCUGCGUCUGGUGGACCUCGCGUCCAUGGAGUCGGUCCGAGCGUUCGCCAAGGGGGUUCUGGAGGAGGAGGAAGCGCUGCACAUCCUGGUCAACAACGCCGCGGUGUCAGGUUUACCCAGGAGCAUCACCAAAGAAGGCUUUGACCUCACCUUUGCCACCAACCACCUGGGGCCUUUUCUGCUCACCAACCUGCUGCUGGACCUGCUGAAGCGCUCGGCUCCGGCGCGGAUCGUCACGCUCAGCUCGCUCAACCACUGGAGGGGUGAGAUCGACUUUGCCCAUUUUCACGGAGACAAGCUCACGUACUUCAUGGAUAAAGUCUACAACCACACCAAGCUGCACAACGUCGUGUGCACCAACGAGCUGGCGCGAAGGCUCCAGGGCACAGGUGUCACGGCGAACUCCGUGCAUCCCGGCGUCGUGGUGACGGAAGUGAUGAGACACUAUUCGUUUGUGCUUCGCUUCCUUUUCCAGACCAUAGGCUUCUUUUUUUUCAAGUCUCCAGACGAGGGCGCCGUCAGCUCCAUCUACUGCGCCGUGGCGGAGGAAACCGACGGCAUCACCGGCAAGUACUUUGACAGCGACUGCUCCCUGACGCUUCCGGCGCCUUUGGCCCGAGACGCUGCCCUCGCGGUCAAGGACUUCGAUGUUUGCGAGAGACUCACGUCAAAGCUCUGAAGCAACACUGACGCAACCGGAGGAUUGAUUAGAAAGGGUCGAACUCCAGCCCCACCCUGGUUCGACUGCUGAAUGAAGGUUUCUGAUGUAGAAUGAAGAGCUGAUCGUCUGCGGUGACUUGAUUUAAACAUAAAUAAUUGUGUCUACACACAACUGCCGUCAGGAUUUGCUGCACUUGUGUAAAUAACGAGGUAAAUUCACUUUAAUGCCAUAUUGAUUAUUAAAGAGCAAUUUUGAUAAGA